UCAUCUCAAAAUGGGGCAGGCGGCGAUGCUCCCGACCCGGAGAGACGAGACCUACGAGCUCUACCAGUGGUUCAGGAAGUUCAUUCACGAGUGUCCGAGUGGCCUCAUCACGCUGCACGAGUUUCAGAGACACUUCUGCGACAGGACCGGGGGGCGGGGCUCGGCCGAGUACGCAGAGGAGCUGUUCCGCACGCUGGACAACAACGGGGACGGGCUGGUGGAUUUCCGGGAGUUUGUUCUGGGCGUCAGUUUGCUCCUCGAAGGUUCCGCGGUGGAGAAACUGCACUGGUCCUUUAAACUCUACGACAAAGACAAAGACGGAGCCAUAACCAGAGACGAGAUGCUCGGGAUAAUGCAGGCCGUUUACAAAAUGACUGUGGCCGCGUCGCUGACUCCACAAAACCCACUGACGCCCGAAGAAUGCACCGCCCGGAUCUUUCAGAGCCUCGACAAAGACAACGACGCCGUCAUCAGCCUGCCGGAGUUCACGGAGGGAGCGCUCAGGGACGCCUGGAUCAGAGACAUGCUGGAAUGUGACCCCGGCACGGUGACGGCGGAGAGGAACUUCAAGAGACACCCGCUUUAGGGCACGACCCGCAGCACGACCCGCAGCACGACCCGCAGCACGACCCGCAGCCCGACCCGACGCCGAGACAAACCGACCGACUCUAACCCCCCACGAAACAGGCCUGAAGAAAAAUGUAAAAAAGUGACCCCAGUACAGU